UUUUAUUGGUUAAAGACGUGCUGCGUGUCACAGUGGGCGUGGCAGCAGAAGCGAGGAAGUGCAGAUGAGAUGUCAGAACAUUGAAAAAGAAGAAGAGUCUCAAAGGAGCUGUGCAUGAAACCAAAGUUACUGAUGCAUCCAAUCCAAUGAACGUUGCUCGAGGGAUUCUCGUUCUUAUAUUCUGCACACUUUUCAUAGCAUCUUAUUUCACUAAUAAGUAUGUCCUGUCUAUCUUAAAGUUUACGUUUCCAACCAUUUUUCAGGGGUGGCAGACCUCCACUGGGGCUCUACUGCUACUGGUUACAUGGAAACUUGGUUUGGUUGAAAUCAAUGGAUUCUCCAGGUAACUAAAUAUGCACUUAUAUAACACAUGGAUUAUUAUUUAUGCAUUAUAUGCGGGGUCCAAAGCACUGUCGCUUUUACCCAUUCCUUUUUUCUUUGUGUUACAAAAUGUCUCUGAAGUCUUUGCUUUUCUCAUGGUAGCAGUAACUCACAGAGAGAAAUCAUCAUGGAUGAAAUUAUUAAGCGUGUGUAUGCUGCUGGGAUCCGCCGCCAGCCUUAUUCUGUACAAUCCUCGGUUUGGUCCCAGUGGCUACACGUGGGCGUCCGUCCAUCUGUUCUGUGUUGGUGCAUAUAAAGUAUUUCAGAAAAAUACAAAGGCGGAGCAUUACAGUGAUCUUGAAGAGCAGUUCAUCAACUAUGUGACCAGUGCAUUGUUACUUGCCUCACUUGCAUACUCAACAGGUGACUUGACCGGGGCCUUAGAUUUCACUCUCCUGACCUCACACAGGUUCCACACUGGCUGCUUGGGCAGCGCUAUAUUGAGCUUUUGUCUGAUGUUGGCAACUGUAAAACUGAAGAACAGUCUGACUCAGGAGCACUGUGGAGUCUGGUGCUUCCUGGCCAAGGUACUGGCUUCAGGUCUUUCCCUUUACACAUUCAACACUGUGCUGAGUCCAGUGACACUGUGCUGCGUCAUCCUAAACUACACCGGAGAGGCCUUGUUCGUGUAUUCUGACAGAUUUCAUUAAGUUUGUUGAAGAAUAUGGACCGUGCCUUUGAAGAUUCUCCAAAUCAGUCACUCCAAGACUUUAUUAAUCGACCAAAGCCAGUUGCCUCGAUGAGAUUAUUUCACUAUAAGCCUUGCAACACCAAAACUCUUUUUACUGUAAUAUUCUGUUU